UGUGUGUGUGUGUGUGUGAGAGAGAGAGAGAGAGAGAGAGAGAGAGAGAGAGAGAGAGAGACACACACACACAACUGAGGGGGAAAGGCAGGCUGGCAUGGCAGAGCCUUUGCCGGCAGGGGCCCUGGCCUCAGUGAGACCCAUCGGGCCAGAAGGCCUGGUGGCACUGCUGGAGGGUGGUCUGGACCACGUGCUGUUGAUAGACAGCAGGCCCUUCGUGGACUACAAUGCCUCCCACAUCCUGGAGGCAGUCAACGUGAACUGCUCCAAGCUGAUGAAGCGACGCCUGCAGCAGGACAAGGUGCAGAUCGCUGAGCUGCUGCAGCACUCGGCCAAGAAGAAGCUCGAACUGCAAGGUCAAGAAGUGGUGGUCUAUGAUCAGAACUCAUCUGACCCCUCCUCCCUGUCAUCAGAGGGCUUUCUCAGCGUCCUAUUGGAUAAACUAGAGAGGAGUUUUCCAUCUGUUCACCUGCUCUCAGGUGGCUUCGUGGAGUUCUCCCAUCUGUUCCCGGGCCUGUGCGAGGGCAAAUCCAUGCUGGUGCCCUCUUGCAUCUCGCAGCCCUGCCUACCUGUCACCAGCAGUGGGCCCACACGCAUCCUGCCCCAUCUCUACCUAGGUUGCCAGAGGGAUGUGCUCAACAGGGACCUGAUGCAGCAGAAUGACAUAGCGUAUGUGCUCAACGCCAGCAACACGUGUCCAAAACCUGACUUCAUUCCUGAGUCCCAUUUCCUGCGCGUGCCAGUCAACGACAGCUUCUGUGAGAAGAUCCUGCCCUGGUUGGACAACUCGGUGGAGUUCAUAGAGAAGGCAAAGGCAUGUAACGCCAGAGUUCUGGUGCACUGCCUGGCAGGCAUCUCUCGAUCGGCCACCAUCGCCAUUGCCUACAUCAUGAAGAGAAUGGACAUGUCCCUAGAUGAGGCAUAUAGGUUUGUGAAGGAGAAGAGGCCCACCAUCUCGCCCAACUUCAACUUUCUGGGUCAGCUGCUGGACUUUGAGAAGAAGAUCAAGAGCCCAAACGGAGAAGGAUCCAGGUGCAACCAGGCGCAGAUGGAGGCAGCCAAGGAGCUCACCCUUGGGCAGGAGGAAGCAUCCAGCGUGGCUAAGUUUGAGAGUUCGGUCACUGGACCGAUAGAGCCUCUGACCCUGCCCUGUGUGCUGGCCGGGGUUCCCGAGGAACGUCUAUUGGCUCAGGCUCUGUGCGGCUUGCAGCUGGGGGAGGGUAUGGAGGACAGCACCCGGCUGAAGCGGUCCUUCUCCCUUGACAUCAAGUCAUACGGGGAGACGAGCGCAGUGGCGCCUGGGCACACGUUCUGUGCCGGGGAUGCCACCGAUUACUACAAACCAUCAGCUUUUAAAGAGCCGGCAACGAAGCCCUGCCAGUUCUCGCCUGUGGAGGAGGUCUCGGAGCAGUCGACGCCGGAGCAGAGUCCGGACAAGGAGCAGGCAGACGGCCCCGCCUCAGCCUCCGCCCUCCCCCCCAGCUCCAGCAAGCCCAAGCCGAGUGCCAAGCCUCCCCCUCCACCUUCCUGCCCCCAGCCCCUGCACAGGAGUGGCAGCAUGGAGGAGACCCCGAGCGCCGCCAGCAUACUGCUCGGCCUGUCACGUUCACAGCAGCACCUAGCUAGGGGUGGUGCCGGUGCACUGAAGGGAUGGCAUUCAGACAUCCUGCUGGGCUCUGUGGCUGUCUCCUCCUCCUCCUCCUCCUCCUCCUCCUCGCUGACAGGUGGCUGGUACCUCUCUGAGUCGACACACUUCUGCUCCACCUCAGCCAUCUUUGGGGGUGGGAGCGGGACACAGGGAGGUCUGGCGGCAGCAUUCAGCUGCAGCCAAGGCCUGGAGGCAGUGAGGAGGCGUGGGCGGCAACGCAGCGGUGACCGCGGGGACUCGCGACGGAGCUGGCACGAGGAGAGCAGCUUUGAGAAGCAACUGAAACGGCGCAGCUGCCAGAUGGAGUUCGGUGAUGGGAUGACGGAGAGCCGCUCCAGGGAGGAACUGGGAAAAGUAGGCAGUCAGUCCAGCUUCUCAGGGAGCAUGGAGAUCAUCGAGGUGUCCUGAGAGAAAGACUCUGAUAAACCCUAUUUUCAGAACUCAUCAGAAUACUUGUCAAAAAAGGGAAGGCUGGGUUUUUAUCUGGCCAAAGUCUUUGCAGGUGACUAGUUUUGAUUAUAAGCAGCUUAGUAGUGGUGCUUUGUAGACUGUUCUCCAUUACUGACCUAUUUUUGUAAUAGCUGAAUUGUAUAGGUAAGAGCGGUCACCAAAUGCAACUGCAUAUCACUGAAUGGCUAAAGCGGACACGCUUUCACUUGGUCAUAUUUGUUCUUAUUUUAGUUUCAUUUUAACUGAGCCUAUUUUUUGUCUGUGGAUCAGUAUAGGUUAUUCAAUAUUUUCCAUUCAUAUUGUGAUUUAUCCAACAUGUCUUUUUGACUCCAGUACUGACACUUGAGCCCAAAAUCAAAGCAUGAAUGAACUGAAGAUGAAUGAACUGGACUGGAGAUUUCUGUCGUGAUUUGACAUGUCCUAAAGGGUGUCUGAGUAGCAAGUAUCCAGUACCUCACAAAUCCAAAUUAAGGGCUUUUCUCAUUUCUUUUUCCUUAUAAUCUCAUGUGUAGCUUAUUGAUAUUUCAAAUCUCAGGACAAUUAAAAUCUUUUCAUUUGAGCAGCAGGAAAAUACACUUUAAAGAGGCCACCCUUAACGGAAACUUUUUGGCCUUGGAUUGUAAUGAGAUUGAAAUGUUUUUAAUGUUUCAGCUGAUCUGAAUCAGCUUUACUACAUCAAAACAGAGACUGUACAGUAUAUUAUCUGGAUGAUGAGUAUGGACUGACCCAGGGUCAGUUGUGAGAGGUAAAAUCAGAGCAGGGCAAAGCCGGGUGUUGUGCUCGUUUUGCAGAUGCUGGGUCGCUUCAGUGAGUGCUGGGGGAAAAAGAAGAGGCUGGAAAUCUUGUUCAAAGACAUGCACGUCAAUCUUGCCUACAAUCAGUGCCCUCCCACAGAGUUAGGGUGACACCCCCUGGGUGGAGCUUGGGUUUGAAGACUUCGCCAAAACUCUGCUCUUUUACGCAGUAAAGCAUUGCACUACUGUGGUGCUAGAGUGGUGCAAUGUCACCAGUGAGAGUCAUGGUAACUUUGGGUCGGCUGUGUCAUCAUGACACUCCGCAGCGAGGCAGAAGGUGCCACGCAUUGGGGAGAGGGGGCAGUCAGUGUGCUUGGGUAUUGAUACAAAGCUUGCUGGUGUUUGUCAGGUAUGAAGGAGAAUACACCCAUAAAUACAGAAAGAUGUAAAGACCAAGAAAGGCAAGGUUCAGACUUUCUUAAUGCUAUCAAACUUUCUUCAACAAUGGUUUCCAGCCGUGGCUCUUGCUUCCCUGUGCUCUGGACAUUUUGGUCCUGCUUGUUCUAAUUUGCUGGACUAAGCACACAAGUGUUUGAAAACACGCAGAUCAUCUGAAUCAGCCAUGUCAGAAUAGCAGGAACUCGAAAAUGUAUAUAGUGAAUAGGGCCCCCAUGCCAGGCAUUGGGAAACCCUGAGAGAACUUAACGAAAUGUUUCUUUUACAUCAUUUUGAUGCAUCAAAGCCAGAUAUCCAGUGACUUAGCAUGGCACAUACUGAUAAGAUCAGUCAACUUCUACAUGAUCAGGUAACACACUAGAAUCAAUGGUAUAUUUGUAAUGAAUAUUGAAUUAUAUGGUUUAGGAGCUUUGCAGCAUGAGACACCCACACAUUUCACUGUGAAGCAUCAGUCUCCUGCUGUGUGUGCAUGGAACCCCCGUUUCAGUGUAAUUUGGAAGCCCCAGUGUUCUGCUUCACAGAAUGCUGCAUUCAGUUUUCUCAUAUUUUGAGCGGUGUCCAAAGCCCUCAAGAUACAACCACGUUACACCACAACUGACCUUAGCAAUUGUCAGAAAUAAUCUUUGAUUACACAUAAAACCCUUGUUUCUCACAUUACAUUUUACAUUAGCUGAUGAUCCAGUACACCGAGUAAUGUUUUGUGGGUCUAUGUGUAAUAGGAAUUGCUGAGAUUCAGUCAGUAUUUUAGGUUUAAUACCACUGGCAGUGUAUUUUAUUUUGGUCUUUACCAUUGGUGCUUUAUUUCUUGUUAAGAGUGAACAAAUUAUUCAGUACAGUGUUCAUUGCAAACUGUUCAGGUAUAAAAAAAAACAUCAAAAAAAAAAAAAAAACCCAAUCAGAACGUACCAGCCAUUAAUCCAUGACCUCACAAUGCCCAAAUUGCUUUGAAAGGCAACUACUGCCGCCAGUUUUGCAUCUCACCCAAACAUGGAAUAGCUUUGCUGCUCUGCUCUUGAAGGUUGGCUCUGACACAUUCAGAGCAGGCCGUUCUAGAAGCUGCAGCAGCGUGGUGGGCACAUCAGGGGGUGCCAUCGCAAAUGUCUCAUCCGCUCACUACCUGGCCAGAUGAGUUAAGCGCAACAUGUUAAUGUUGGAUUUGUCUGUGGUUUGUCUGUGUUGUCAUUUUUGUUGUUACUUUAAUAUUUCUUCAGGUGAUUUGUCUUUGAACAGGAUAAUGGUGUGAGUGGUAAAACGAGGUUUUGAAGGUUUCCUUAAAGCUGUGAAGAUGAACAUGACAUAACUGUUCUGUAAACAAGAGAAGGGGUUUUUUUGGCUUUGGUCACAAAUCAGCUUAAACCUUAAUGCAAGUGAUGUUUCCAAGAGGAUAAUUAUAUAAUGAAAUCUUGACCUUGGAAGGGAUAUCCAAUUGACUAUUUAGUCUCUUAAUCAUGAGGAAUAUUUAGCAACCUAAUACACUUUUGAAAAAGACUGAUGUUAAUUUAUAAAAUGUACAGCAAGUCACAGUCUAUUUACAGUUCCUAUUGGUGAAUCUUCUCAUCAAAGGGCCGUAUAUUUCUCUAACUGAAUGAUUACGUGAUGAUCAUGUCCGUGUCAAAGAGGAAUGUGAACUCAGUGAUGGGCUGACAGUUUGAGAGGUGUGUGGUCAGCUUUCAGAUGGUACCAGUGUGUAGAGUGUGUGAAGGCCUGUGGAGAUGCUUGAGAAUAUGGUGUGAUUUUCCUUCCACUGUGUACCAUUUUACAUGUGGAUGAAGUUCUAUGACAAUGACGGUUAUUAGUUGUAUGUUUGUUGAAAUAAAACCUACAUUGGUACUCAAA